GAAAAAGGAAAACUUUGAAUUUGAUGUGUUUUUCUCAUUUGCAAGCAUACGUGAUUACUUGGCUUACUUGGCGAUUCAGAUAAAUUCUUUGCGGAGUGUCGUCCUUGUUAGGAAAGAAAUUAAAUUUAUUUAAAAUCGUAAUUAUAUUAUUUCUUAGUCUUGUGCAGAGACGAUAAAAAAAUAACUUUCAGAAAAAUAUUAAAAAAUGACAAGUGGAACUUUCGAGUUCGUGACGAUAUUUCUGAAAACUUGUAAUCCAGGCGUUAGUGACGAUCACCUUCGGGUUCAAUCCAAAUUGUGGGCUUACUGAUGCGUCCACAGUUAACUAUGCGCAUACAGCUUGUUUUUUAAUGCUUUCUGGUAUCACAUUUUUUACAGUAAAUCAACUAAAAUUGCCAUCGCUAAGCAUCUUUUUUUUAGGUAUAAAAAGGAUGCUUGUUAAAAAUGCAGAUGAUGAAGUUAAACCGCCCGUUGAGGAGAGAGUAGAAAACGACAACUACGCUAACUCUUUCCUCGAAAGUUUAAAUAGAUUGCGUCUCCGUCGAAUGUAUUGUGAUUUUUCCUUAGACAUAGGCGGUGAAACUCUCCAUGUUCAUAAGUGCGCGCUCGCAGUUGUUUCACCUUACUUUUCGGCUAGAUUCGGAACUGAUUUGAAGGGCGUAAGUACUCUUACGUUGGAGAAUGUCGAAUUAACUUCAGUAAAGGAACUUGUUGAGUACAUUUACACCGGCACUGUUACAAUUACUCAAAAUAAUGUUCGGGAGUUACUGCGUGCAUCGGAUUUGUUUGAAAUUGAAUGGGUAAAGCGAAGAUGUGAAGAGUUUCUGGAGCAAAAUGCAAAUGCAAGAAUCUCCGUACGAAUGUGGAGAUUUGCUGGUUAGGUUAUGAUUCAGCAUUUACUGUCAUUUUAAUCGAGCAUUCUGCGCUUCUCUGAGUUAAAUUUCUUCUCAAUAAUUUCUGUAAUGCCUACGAUGCGAUAAUAAAAAUAGUUAAAAAGAAAAGUUUUAGAGAAUCAUUUAGUAUUGGAAGAUAGAGAUUGAAAGGUCUAUUUAUUUAAUAAAUGACCAGAGCACGCACGCAGCGAAGAAUAUAUUCUCUUAAUGCAAAUUUCGAACGCUUUACUUUAAAGAUGCUUCAAGCCUGUCAUGUUUUGGUUGGGGAGAAUCUUUGUUAUGAAACUAUACGCCAAGCGGCGUUGAGAUGUUCGUACAGAGAACAACCGCAGCCCAAGGAGACGUCGAGGAAGACGCCCCCGCCCCGCCCAAAUAACAAGCGCAGCAUGAGGCGCCGAGGCGCUACA